CCUCCAAAGCGCGCACAACGGCGGACUGCCCAUUCUGACCAUGACACGCAUUUUAAACGUUGCCUUGUUUAGUUAACUUGCUAUUUCAUGGUUAUGUAUUGAAAAGAACAGAGUAUUUCAUAUUUAUGCUGCAUUUAGAAAUCUUGAUUUCGCAUUGAUUUUUUGUUGUUGUUGUUGAGAUGGGCAUGGCUGUACUCAGUUACCCGGCGAGUUUUCUUCACGCUUGGCUUGCCCUUGCCAUCUGUGGCCAGUAUACUUUGGCUUUUUCUGUCGCUGGACAACAAGAAGAGACGACCUGUGAGGCGAACGGCAGCGUCUAUUAUGUGGGCGAAUGGUACUUUUUAGACUCGGAUCAUUGUACCCAGUGUGAAUGUACAGCAGAAGGGUCUGCCUGUGCAAGGACCGAGUGCACAUCCCUGCCAGCCGCCUGCAUCCAUGUCAGCCAUUACCCGACAGACUGCUGCCCGAGAUGCGAGAAGAUCGGCUGCGAGUACCGGGGAGAAGUCUACGAACUGGGGCAGCAAUUUCAGCCAUCUGAGUGUGAGCAAUGCACCUGUGACAGCGAUGGGAUCGCCCGUUGUCUGGUAGCAGACUGUGCUCCCCCACCAUGUGUUAAUCCAGUAUAUCAGAAAGGCAAAUGCUGUCCUGAGUGCAAGGAUGGGCCCAACUGCUAUGUGGAUGCCUCUAGGACCCAGGUGAUCCCUGGAGGUGAGCCAGUAUGGGUUGACUCUUGUACCAAAUGUCGAUGUCAUGAUGGGCAGGAUGCAGGUUACUGGGAGGGCAACCGCCUGGCAACGUGUUCCCAUGUCCGAAACUGCCAGCCUGAUGAGGGGCUAAACUGAGGAAAGAGGUCAUAACAUAUGGACAUCUGUCAUCCUGAUUUAUACAACAUUGCACAAACAGUCUCAGCAGACAUCUAAACCUCAUUAACUGAAGAAGAAUAUAUAGCCUACAAACUUAGGAAUUUAUACGUUGAACAUUUACUAUAAACAAACAAGAAACCAGUUUAAACUCCAUUGUGAGUCUAUCAUUAAGCUUAUGUUAUAACCAAUUAACAUUCCAGUUGUUAUUGUAAAAUAAGUCAGUAUAAUAUUGUUUUGACUUAGAAAGGGAUAUUCCCUAAUGAAAUGUACCAUAGAGCUUAGUUUUGAGACACAUUUUUGGCAUGGGUAGCAAUAGCACAUUGAGUAUAUUACAUUGUUUAUAUGCCUUUUUGAAGCUACAGAAAAGUUGUUUAAAAAAAAAAGACAUUGGCAUUGUGUUGUGCAUCUUUGCUAUGCCUUACAACUGUAGAUGUUAGGUUUAUCCGCUAAUCUUUAUUAUUUUGUUCUAACCUAUCAUUAAUGAAUCAUUUAUUAAUAAACAAGGUCCAUUUUUGCUUUAUUUCUGUUCUGACAGUUAUUUUGACUGGUGUGGUAAUGUUAUGUAUUUUGUUCCCCAUCUAAGGACUAUUUUCGCAGCAGUUCCACAAAAUGUACACAAAUAUAAAUAAACCACAAGUGA